AGUCCCCAGCACCAGACCAAUAUUGAUUUUCCAUAUCCAGACCACGUGGUACGACUAGACCACCCCAACGCUGGGUACGACAAGAACUCGUCAGGACGGCUGUCUGUGGUGGUGCCCUUAGAGCAGCCGCAGACUGGGCCCUUGGGGGAGACCAUGCCUCUCCUGCUGAGGUUCAUGUGCCUCUGCUCCUGCUCAGGUGGCAUCAACCGACGACCGCUCGCCAUCAUAUUCACGCUCGAGAAGCUCACAAACAACGCGCUGGAGCUGUAUGGACGGCAGACGGUGGACGUGAGAGUGUGCGCCUGUCCUGUGCGUGACUACCGCAACGAGGAGGGCAGCGUGCCACGUCAGGACCGGCGGUGCGGACGCAAGAGAGGCGGCCGCGUGAGCAGCUCCUCCCUCCUGCAGACGGCGAUCUCGGGGGGCAGCUCCUCGAACCCCGUCAGGCAUGACUUUCCUGAAGACAUGGGCGAGGAGGUGUACACGCUGCAGGUGCGCGGCAAGAAGCUCUACGACUUCCUGCAACUUUUACUGGACAGUUUACUGAAGCCGACCGAGUACCAGCAGGACGAUGACCAGGUCAAAUUUGAGGACGAGGCUCUACAGGCGACGAGGGACAUCGCCCUCGUCGAGGAGCGCAUGGAGAUGACGUCUUCAUCCCGCCAGCAGACGCAGGUCCUCUACAACGACGGGCCUUCUCCACGCUACCUCCACCACAACCACCAGGGCAACUCUAACCAACGCAUCAUCAACGGACACGCGCGCCUUGGCAACAUCAUCAUCCACAGCAGCAAUAACGGCUCUCCUGUGGCGCGAGUUGCAAGCAAAAGCAUCAUAAACUCGAACGUCGAGACGUGUGGUGGUCGAGUUCUGACGUAUUCGAACAACAGGGACAUGGAGGUAAUGGAAUCAGAGUAUAUUAUUAAUGACUCUGAUUCUCAAAACUCGAAUCGAAACUCGGGCAAUAUGAUCACAUCCCAAAACAACUCGAUUAACUGCAACAACAGUUCAUUCUCUCAGCAACAGCAGCCCAAUAGACAGCAACAGAUGCCUCAACAGAUCCAGUCUGUCACGAUGAUUUCGCAAGAACAAAUGCGCGAUGUCACCUCCAUGUCUGUGGGCACUGGGAUGCAGGUUGCUACUGAAAAUAUCAACAAUUCAGGAGCCUCGAACAUGGUAACGCAUCACCCCAUCCUGAGCUCCAUGAAGAAUGUACAAAGAGCCACGUUAUCGGGGAGUAUUGUGCAGAACGCUGCUGGUAAUCAGCCUGUACUCCUGAUUUAUAACCCUUCUGGAGUGGAUGACCAGCUGGUACAGACUUUCAAUGCAAGAAAAAUCCUUUACCCGAAGAUGGAAGGGCAGGGGAACAGCCAAAACUAUGUAAAAUCUACCAGUAAUAACUUGGUAAAUUUGACUGUCCACGCUGAUGGCAAUAACUGUAAUAACAACAACAGCGUUGACUACGGUUCUAACAACUCGGGUUCUCAAGAAGACAACAUUGACGGGACAUACAACGCAGGGUUAGAGGCUCGGCAAAAUUCUGAGGGUGCUUCAACAAACGUGGCUCUGGCGGUACUUAAACGCAGCCACUCCUCAGACACUGAAGAUCAAAACGGAGGAAACAACGGCAGACAGUUCCGACACAUCCCUAUUUCAGCUGUAGCUCAAACCCCAGUAAGGGAUCAACGAAAGAACUUGUGUGUCGCUAAGAAGAUGCCGUUACUUAAACCCAUAGCUGGUAAGCUAGUGGCUCAAGCUUCACACCAACCAUCUGGAACCAUCAAUGUCACUUUGCCUGUGACAUCUCAGCAACAACAUCCCGUGGGCUCCAUGAUCCUGGCCACGCAAUCCAAUGGUGGCAAUCAGUUAUUUUUGGCUCGUGGCUCUUCCACUCAUAUAAUUUUACCGGUGACAUCACAACCUCAAGGCUCCGUGGAUGUCAAGGCAAUGUCUUCGGUCUUCCCUAACAUGUCGGUGGUGAAACGUGAACCUCACGACGAGGAACGCAAAAGAGAUGACGACACAAAUAUUUCUAUUCGGAAAUCUCAUUCUGUAUCAUCGCCAUACUCCAUUGCUUGCAGUGGCUCUCACAUUAGUGAUUCCGGCAAUGUCGUCUACACCAUGACCGGCAACGGGAGACUAGUGACCACUAACCUAUCUUCUGGGAACCACUCCAAUAAUAACUUUGACAGUUCCCAAAGUAACAAAUUCUCCAGCAACCACAACAUGAUUAACAGCGAUGGGCAUUUGUCCGGUAUGAACGGGCACCCUGACAGUGCUGAGAUGCUGGCCGCCCAAGUGCUGGCAAGCAGCAUGGGGUCGCGACAGAUCGCCGUGUCGGGGGCCUCUGGCUGUACUUUGAACAGAGACUGUACCUCUGACUAG